AUGGCUAACUUAGUGAAUACCAUGGAGGCUAAUGCUACUGCGACUCUGCAAGUGGUGCAGAGAUUGGGCCAACCGGCCGGGAACGGAAACGGGAAUAGCGAAGGGAAUGCUCAUGAUAAUGCUGAGGGAAACUGUGAUAAAAUGGGUGGUGUUCCGAUGACCUUGGCGACGUUCCUCAAGGUUCAUCUGCCAAUUUUCCGAGGAUCAACUAAUCCUACUGAAGUGGACAACUGGUUUCAGGCCAUGGAGCGUGCUUUACAGGCACAGCACGUUCCGAACAAUCAAUAUGUUGAAUUUGCUGCUUAUCAGCUGGCAGGAGAGGCCCAGCACUGGUGGCAAGCAGAGUGCCGCAUGUUACAGCUUCAGAACGCCGACGUUCCGUGGGACAUAUUUCAGAUGGCCUUUUAUAAGAAAUACUUCCCUGAGUCUGCAAGGGAAGGUGCUCCAGAGACUUAUGAGAGCUGGAAGUGUAUUAAAUACCAAAGGGGCUUGAAGGACAACAUAAUGACUGCUGUGGCUCCUAUGGAGAUUCGUACCUUCUCGGACUUAGUGAACAAAGCAAGGGUGGUUGAGGAGUAUGCCAAGACGGUACCUUCGUCCAAGGACACUCAUGGAGGGAACACUAGCAAGGGAUGUGGCAAGUAUUUUCAUCCGAGGGGUCAAAGCUUCAAGAGAGGAGGAUAUGCACCUCAAGGUAAAGGAGGCUUCAGAAAGAACACUCAUGAUCAAUUUCAGCGUGGUAAAGUGAACUUGGAUCAGAUUCCAGUAGUUAGAGAUUUUUCAGAGGUAUUCCUGGAAGAUAUCCCUGAAUUCCCACCUCAAAGGGAGAUCGAGUUUGCGAUUGAAUUGGUGCCGAGAGCCGGACCAAUAAGGGUAAAGGAGGAUGAUAUCCCUAAGACUGCGUUUAGGACGUGCUAUGGACACUACGAGUUUGCGGUGAUGUCCUUUGGGUUAACGAAUGCUCCUGCUAUUUUCAUGGAUUACAUGAACAGAGUCUUUCGUCCCAUUUUGGACAAAUUCGUGGUGUUGUCGAAAUGUGAGUUCUGGAAGAAGGAAGUCAAGUUCUUAGGCCAUGUGGUGAGCAAAGGAGGUAUAGUCGUGGAUCCUUCUAAGGUUGAAGCGGUGAUGGAAUGGGAAAGACCAACGACGGUGACGGAGGUCAGAAGUUUCUUGGGUUUAGCCGGAUACUACCGGAGAUUCAUUGAAGGGUUUUCCCGGAUUGCAUUACCAAUGAAAAAGUUGACAAGGAAGGAGGUGCCUUUUGUGUGGACGUCAGAGUGUGAAGAGAGUUUUUAG